GAAAGUCGAUCUCAGGUUUGCUGCUAGGUGCUCAGUCAGCAGCAGGAGGAGGAGGGAGGGAGGAGGAGGAAGGGAUGAUCUCCGCCUCCGCGGGUUGCUGUUGACCGGGCUGCCCGGCGGUUCCGUUCGGCCCUUUCUCGGCUCUCCGACCGAGCCGUCGCGGCGGGCGGAGCGAUGCAGCACCCGGGUCCCCCCAAAGCUUCGCCGCCGCUGCCGCCGCUCUACGCUCCCAAUAACGGCGAUUUCACCUUCGUCUCCUCGGCCGAUGCCGAAGAUUUAAGUGGCUCAAUAGCAUCUACAGAUGUGAAACUCAACCUUGGAGGAGGAAAUGUGGAAUUUAUGAAAGAAUCCACAGCAACUACCUUCCUGAGGCAAAGAGGUUAUGGUUGGCUUUUAGAGGUGGAAGAUGAUGACCCUGAAGAUAACAAACCACUCUUAGAAGAAUUAGACAUUGAUCUGAAGGAUAUAUACUACAAAAUUCGGUGUGUCUUGAUGCCAAUGCCUUCUCUCGGAUUCAACAGACAAGUAGUAAGAGAUAAUCCUGAUUUCUGGGGCCCUUUGGCUGUUGUUUUAUUCUUCUCAAUGAUCUCAUUAUAUGGACAAUUCAAGGUGGUAUCCUGGAUUAUAACUAUUUGGAUAUUUGGAUCCUUAACCAUCUUCCUGUUGGCCAGGGUUCUUGGAGGAGAGGUUGCAUAUGGUCAAGUUCUGGGAGUGAUUGGAUAUUCUUUACUUCCUCUUAUUGUAAUAGCACCUGUACUCCUUGUAGUUGGAUCAUUUGAAAUUGUUUCUACUCUAAUAAAACUUUUUGGAGUGUUUUGGGCUGCAUACAGUGCUGCUUCCUUAUUAGUUGGUGAAGAAUUUAAAACCAAGAAGCCUCUUCUGAUUUAUCCCAUCUUUUUACUGUACAUUUAUUUUCUGUCUUUAUAUACUGGGGUGUGACCAAAAUUGCUAGAUUCAAACAAGGACAUUUUGAUCACCAUGAAGAAUGAACUGUUGGUGGAUAGAAAAGGCAAGUGACUAUAUCCUAUCAGGCGGACGAAGUUUCAGUAGUAUCCUUAAGUACAUCUGUGUAUUAUUAUUUAAGCAUUUUUAAUUAUAAUGCAGAUUUAUACCAGAGUUUAGGUUUGUUAGAUUUUUAAUGAAUACAGAUGGUAACAUUUAUAAAUAUGUUAUUUGAAGAAACUUAUUACUUGUGCCAAAAGCACGAGGUCCAUAUGAUAGGUAAACUGUCAUGGAACUUGAAAAAAAUGAGUGAACUAUAGUUCCCAUAAAUGUAUACAUCAACCAAUCCUCAUUGUUCCUAUAUUUUAAUGUGUAAUCUUGUCCACUCUUGACUUGGCUAUUGAGUUAUCAGUUCUGAUUUAAAGUUUUAUGUUGAUCAAAGAUUGGUUUAGGAAAUUUCAUCAUAAAGGGGAUUUAUGGUUGUCAUUACCAUCACAUGAAAUAUUUGAAGUAAUAUUUAGUAGUAUUUGAAGUAAUUCUUUUUUUAAAAAAAGUUCAACUGUAAAUAUGUCAUAGCAAAAUAUUGCUUUACAAAGUUGAUUUUGAAAUCUUUCAGAAAAAAAAGUUUUUAUCUGAAGCUUUAUGAAAGUGGUAAGUGGAAAAAAGUUUAAAUAAAUAGUAUGGUUCUGAAAAAAAAUCUUCAAUAGAAUAAACACUGCUUUCUUCAAAAUUGAACUUGUUUUAUAACACCUUGUUUUGCUGUUUAUGUAAACUGGUUUUGGGGUUGGUAAAAUUGUUAGCCACAAAGUUGCGUUUGCAAUUUGUUUAUCAAGUUUAAUAUGAAUUGACAUUAUUGAAAUGAUUCUUUAAUUGUUACAAAU